CGAUCAGUUGCGGACAAUGGGCGAUCGGUAGUUGUGAAGGUAAGAGGCCAAAAUKYUGAUGUAGACAAUCGUUGGAUUGUGMUAUACUCGCCAAUAUUGUCCAAAGUUUUUGAGACUCACAUCAAUGUGGAAUAUUGUAACUCUGUGAAGUCGAUAAAGUACAUAUGUAAAUAUGUUAACAAAGGUAGCGAUAURGCUGUUUUUGCUGUAACCAAUGCAAMUGAUGAAAUAUCACAAUACCAGAUGGGUCGCUAUCGUCGAAAACAAGGAACACCAGUUGAWGGACAUCCAAAUGUAUUUGCUUCAGACGCUCUGGGUCGCAUCUACACAGUACAUCCAAAUAACGAUGAAUGUUAUUAUUUGCGAUUGUUGUUSGAAAAUGUUCGUGGUCCGACAUCGCUUAAACAACUGAGAACAGUUAAURGACAGCUGUKUGCGACUUACYGUGAGGUAUGUCAACUAUUACAUUUACUUGAGAACGAUUCGCACUGGGAUGAUACGCUCAAGGAUUCCRUAAUAUCUUCAUCGCCGCAUCAAAUUCGUACAUUGUUUGCGAUUAUCAUAUCGACAUGUUUACCCUCUAAUCYAAAAGAUUUGUGGGUUAAGUAUAGAGAUAACAUGUCUGAGGAUGUUUUGCAUCUUGUGCRCCGUCAAACUUUGAAUCCUACACUACAAAUGACUGCAGAAAUUUACAAUGAGACAUUGAUCAUGAUAGAAGAUAUGUGUUUAUUGACGGCAAAUAAAGUAUUGUCGUGUUUGGGAAUGACAGCACCAAAUCCAUUGGCCGAGACAGUUCGUACAAAUGUUCCACAUUUAAAUCAACAACAAAGAAUUGCGUACAACACUUUGAUAGAAGCUGUGAACAGUGGAUCUGGUGGAAUUUAUUUCCUUGAUGYUCCCGGAGGAACCGGAAAAACGUUCUUAAUUUCAUUGCUUUUGGCGAGGAUUAAAUCGCGAAAUGAUGUUGCUCUAGCGUUGGCUUCAUCUGGAAUAGCUGCGACUCUGCUAGAAGGCGGGCGAACUGCAAAUUCUGCCUUGAAAUUACUAUUAAAYAUGCAAAUGACCGAAACACCAAUUUGCAACAUCGCCAAAAAUAGCGCAAUGGCCAAGAUCCYACAGGUGAUUUUCGUCAGACUCUUCCAGUUAUUCCCCGAUCAACUGUUGCUGAUGAACUAA